UCUGCUCCGACGCCGGUGAUUGGAAGACGAUUCAGCCAAUAAAAAUAACUUGAUAGAUGGGAACAGAGACCUUCUGGGGUGGUUGCGUUGUUCUUCGGACAUUACGGUCAGCCAUGUCACUGCAGGCUUUCAGCUUCCCUUUACCAGAAACUCGUUAUUUCAGGGCUGGUGGUUUGAUCUACCAGUUCAAGAUAAGAGGAGGCAGCAGCUUCAGAGAUGAGAAAUUUACAGGAGAAUACUCCAAAAAUCAGGAAUUGGAGGAAAUGAUCAGGACCGUUCUUGGGAACCUGGAGCGUCUCCGGCCCUUUUCCUCUGCCCACUACACGGCUUUUCCUUACAGGAAGCGGCGGGCGAGAAAGUGCAAACAUGCAGGGAAAAGGUUGAGAUUCUACCCUUUUACCCUCCUGCUGUACUUGGAGAAAAACCUGCACUGUGGAGAGCCCAUAGAACAGGACAAAGCUGUGAUCAGAGAUCCAUCAAAGCGCAGGUGGAGAAACUCACCACUAGAGGGCGCCACAGCAAAGGAUUUCUUCAAAGACAGCGAGCUGGACUCCACCAAUCAGCACGCAGAGCCAGAGGAAGCACCGCCAGCCUUUGAUGAGUUUCAGCCUGAGAGGACCGAGGACACAGGGGGGGACAGGGAGCCGCCUGGCAGCCCAGGACUCCUCCGAAAACUGCUGAGACGCAUUUGUGGGUUCUUCUUCAGAACCGACGGAGGUCAAACGUGCAGCGGAAACCCCUCAAUGUAAUCUGGGAAAAGAAUCCACAAGUGAACGGAGCAAAAACAACCUUUUAUUGAAACACAAAAGACACUGUUCUUGUUUGUUUGUUUAUUUAAAUGGUGUCUCCAACAAUCUUUCUGUUUCUUUUAUUAACAUAUUUACAUGUGAAUUGAAGUUCAAAUUCCUAAAUAUAAAUACAUCUAGUACA